UUUGCCAGAGGAACGGUGCAAAAGGGGAACCUCGACUCGGAGAAGGGACGAGAAUAAAUAAAUAAGGAGCCGCCGUGAAAUAAAGGUAGCGGCGCGCACAGCCCGGCAGCGAGAAGACCACUGAGCUAUAAAUUUAGAAGAUAAGACAAUUUCUGCUUGUGGGGGAAAAGUGAGUAACCUCCAUGGAAGACUCUCAGGAUCUAAGUGAACAGUCAGUAAAGAAAUCGUGUACAGAAUCAGAUGUUUCAGAGCCUCCAAACUCCAGGUCUAUGGAAAUGCAAGAUCUAGCAAGUCCUCAUAAUCUUGUUGGAAGUAGUGAUGCACCGGGUAGUUCCAAACUGGAUAAAUCCAAUCUCAGCAGUACAUCAGUUACAACAAAUGGAACUGGAGUGUCUCUUCUUGCAGUCAAAACAGAGCCCAUGAACAGCAGUGAAACAACAACAACAACUGGAGAUGGAUCACUUGACACUUUUACUGGGUCAGUAAUAACGAGUAGCGGCUACAGUCCAAGAUCAGCACAUCAGUACUCUUCUCAGCUAUAUCCCUCCAAGCCCUAUCCACACAUUCUUUCUACACCAGCAGCUCAAACAAUGUCUGCCUAUGCCGGACAAACCCAGUAUUCAGGAAUGCAGCAGCCAGCGGUGUAUACAGCGUACUCUCAGACAGGACAGCCAUACAGCUUACCUACCUAUGAUUUGGGUGUAAUGUUGCCAGGCAUCAAGACGGAAAGUGGGCUCUCGCAAACACAGUCACCACUGCAGAGCGGGUGCCUCAGUUACAGUCCAGGGUUUUCCACCCCACAGCCAGGCCAAACACCGUAUACUUACCAAAUGCCAGGUUCUAGUUUUACACCAUCAUCCACUAUUUAUACAAACAAUUCAGUUUCAAAUUCUACAAACUUCAGUAGUUCACAACAGGAUUAUCCAUCCUACACAACUUUUGGCCAAAACCAAUACGCACAGUAUUAUUCAGCAUCAACAUAUGGCGCAUAUAUGACCUCAAACAACACGGCCGAUGGCACCUCUUCAUCAUCAUCAACCUACCAGUUACAGGAGUCUCUCUCUGGCCUGACUAGUCAACCAGGUACAGAUCUGCAUUCAGGGGAGUUUGACACAGUACAGAGUCCCUCCACGCCAAUCAAAGAUCUCGAUGAGAGAACAUGUAGGAGUUCUGGGUCAAAGUCCCGGGGUAGAGGGCGGAAGAAUAAUCCAUCACCCCCUCCGGACAGUGACUUGGAGCGUGUAUUUGUUUGGGAUUUGGAUGAAACAAUUAUAGUUUUUCAUUCGCUGCUUACAGGAUCCUAUGCACAGAAGUAUGGCAAGGUAUGUAACCCAUGAAUUCUCUGU